AUGGGUGUGGACAUUCCCGAUAUCCGAUGCAUUAUUCACAUUGGGUUCCCCCGGUCAUUGUUAGAUUAUGCGCAGGAAAGUGGCCGUGCCGGGCGAGACCGGUUACCCAGUGAGGCCAUCAUCAUCCAGCCCGAAGGGUUUGACGAGGUUCCCGCAUGGUUUGACCAGAACACGGACCGUGAGCAAGCCGGGUUGGAGUUAGUCCGGCAAUACAUCGCCGGUGAGCAUCAGUGUCGGCGAGUGUUGUUGGAUAGGUAUUUAGAUGGGGAUAUCGAUGGGUACACCCGGCAGGGAUGCGGCGACCAGGACGGGCCAUUCGGAGUCGAUGAGCAAUGGUGUGAUUAA